AAAAUAGAUUCCAUUUUGGUCUUAAGUUUUUAGGAGCACAUUAAUGAAUACAACGUAGUACAUAUUAUUAUAAUGUAAAAAAUAGCCAAUUGGCGAGACCCUUUAGUGUCCCCUUUAUAAAUACUUUAAUCUGGCACUCUAUUUUGUCAAGGUGUUUUCUAAAUAACUAGCACUCCAAGUUCAAACCAGAGAGAGAGAGAGAAAGACAGAGAAAAAGACAGAGAGAUGGAGUUAUAUGACCAUGAUUUCUUAGAGGAAGAGCUACUGGCUCUACAGAAAGAAACACGGAGCAAUACUAAUCCAAGUUCAGAAAAAAACCAGCUUUUCUCCAAUGAUUGGAGUUUUGAUCACUGUUAUGAUCAAAACUCUUAUUCUUUUCUUCCAAACCACUCUUCCCUUUGCCAACAAGUUCCUCAAAGUUACUACAAUAAUAGUAGCAGCUACACCUUCAAUGAAAUCUACAGUUCCUUACUUGAUGAAUUCUCUGCACCCCAGAUCAUGGAUUCAUCAUCCUAUAACACCCUCCUUGAGACUCCACUCAACACUCAACCAUUUCUGGCUCAAGAAGAUUACCCUUUGUCAGUGAUGGAAGAUGAGGAUCUGGAUUUGGAAACAACAUGCAAAAUGGAGCCAAACCAAUCCCCUGAAGCAAUACCUGUAUUCAACACUGGUACUUGUUUGGAAAGAAAGAAUAGAGCAAAGAAGCUUGAGGGGCAGCCCUCCAAGAAUCUAAUGGCUGAGAGGAGAAGGAGAAAGAGGUUAAAUGAUAGGCUUUCCAUGCUGAGAUCAAUUGUCCCCAAGAUAAGUAAGAUGGACAGAACAGCUAUACUUGGAGACACUAUUGAUUACAUGAAAGAACUUCUGGAGAAGAUUAACAAUUUGAAACAAGAAGUAGAAGUAGAUUCAGACAUGACUAACAUCUUCAAGGAUGCAAAGCCCAAUGAAAUCUUAGUGAGAAAUUCUCCCAAGUUUGAUGUGGACAGGAGGAAUAUCAACACAAGGGUUGAGAUCUGCUGUGCAGGGAAGCCAGGCUUGUUGCUUUCUACAGUGAACACCUUGGAAGCAUUAGGCCUUGAUAUUCAGCAAUGCGUUAUUAGCAGUUUCAAUGAUUUCACAAUGCAGGCUUCUUGCUCAGAGGAAUUUGAGCAGAAAACAAUUCUGAGUUCUGAAGAUAUCAAGCAAGCUCUAUUUAGAAAUGCAGGAUAUGGAGGUCAAUGUUUGUGAGCAUUUUUUUUCUUUUUUCUUUUUUGGGGUUGAAGAAACACUGCAAGUAAACUUUAGGUAUAGAUCUUAGAAUUCGGGCUAGCCAACUCUAGCUCAAAAGCUAGGCUGAGUGAUUAUUACUAUAGUUUUUAUAAGAACUAUUUUGAUAAUAUUUUUCGUUAAUGUGAGACAUUCAACAUAUCUCACCCAUAAGGUUGGACAUUUGGAACGUGAAACUUACAAGAUUUGACAUUUGCAUGUGGAUCAUUAGUGGGUGACUCAAUAAACAGAUCUAUCAGAGACUCUCAUAGCUAGCGUAAGGAGAGUAUUUAGCUCCCUAAUGUACAUUAAGAUGCACAAGGGAAAACAAUGAUACCAUUUUUCUUAAUGUAAGCAAAUUAAUAAUUGAUGUCCUCAGCAGCUUAAGAUGGAGGUUUUUAUCAAUAAUGGUGAAUUGCUUUGUUCUCUGACAAAUUCAUCAUAAUACAAAAGCCAGUUUGAUGGAA